CAGAGGAGAGACAGACAAAACUGAGACGCGAAGAGAUGAUCCGAGAAGCGUUGCAGAGAUGUUUGACAGUAUGAAGAAUGUUGAAGGAGCUGUUGCUGUUGGAGAUAAAAGAGGUGAAAUCGAAAGUGCUGACACCAUGGGUAAAACAGAGAAGAAAGACUUAGAAAGAGGUUAUGAGACAGAGUACGAGGAAGACAUGAAAUCUGGAAAACGAGAUAAGAUGGAUGAAGUUGAGGAUACUCUUGGUCGAUUUGAGUAUGAGAUCGAAGAAUCAGUAGCUGAUUUUGAGGAUGAGAUGCCAACUGAGAGAAACGAGAUUCCAGAGAGUUCGGAUGACUCCUCCGAGGAUGAGAUUGAUGUGCGUGAGAAGAGAAUGAAAAGAAGAAAAAAUCAUGAUAAAUUAGCUUUGGGGAGUAACUACUACACAUUGUAUGAGUUUAAAGAGAUUGUCUUGGAAUAUGCUUUGAGCAAGGGAAGAAACAUUAAGCAAGAUAGGUGGGAUAAGACAAAAGUCUCAUAUGUUAAAAAGUCUGGUGAUUGCAAGUCUGUUUUUGGAUAAGCUGAGACAGAAAGCUGAUUUGAUGCCCGAGGAGAUUCAACAGAUUAUAAAGGAGAAGUGAAAAAUAGUCAGUACACAGAAUCAGUGCCGAAGAGGCAGACUUUUAGCUCUGAAAUGGCUUGAGAAAGAGUAUGAGGAGCAAUUUGCUCAUCUUCGAGGAUACGCACAAGAGAUCAUGGUGUCGAAUCAGGGUUCCACAGCCAUUGUAGACACAUACAAAAACAAAGCAGGUGAAGACUUUUUGUAACAUCUCUCUCUGUUCUUCGUCUCUCUCUCUCUCUCUCUGUUCUCU